AUGGAUCCCUCUGACGCGAAGCGCCUCAGGCGAGUCCGAACGCUGGGCCGGGGCGCGUCGGGCGCCGUCGUGUGGCUGGCCUCCGACGACGCCUCGGGGCAGCUCCUGGCGGUCAAGUCGGCGGCCGCCGCCGGCGGGGCGGCGCAGCUGCGGCGUGAGGAGCAGGUGCUGGAGGGGCUCUGCUCGCCCCAUAUCGUGCCCUGCCUCGGCUCCCACGCUGCGGCGGGCGGGGAGUACCACCUGUUCCUCGAGUUCGCGCCCGGCGGGUCUCUGGCCGACGAGGCCGCCAGGAGCGGGGGCCGCCUCGAUGAGCCUGCCAUCCGUGCGUACGCGCGAGACGUGGCGCGGGGGCUUGCCUACCUCCACGGGCGGUCGCUGGUGCACGGGGACGUCAAGCCCAGGAACGUGGUGAUCGGCGGCGACGGCCGCGCAAGGCUCACGGACUUCGGCUGCGCGCGGCCCGUCCGGCCGUCGCCGUCGCAGCCGAUCGGCGGGACCCCUGCGUUUAUGGCGCCAGAGGUGGCGCGCGGCGACGAGCAGGGGCCAGCGGCCGACGUGUGGGCGCUCGCCUGCACCGUCAUCGAGAUGGCCACGGGGCGCGCGCCGUGGAGCGACGUGGACGACGUCUUCGCCGCCGUUCACAGGAUCGGCUACACGGACGCCGUCCCGGAGCCGCCCGCGUGGCUGUCAGCGCAAGCCAAGGACUUCUUGCGCGUGUGCCUAGCGAGAAACCCCCGCAGCCGGCUCACAGCGGCGCAGCUGCUGGAGCACCCUUUCCUCGCCUCCGCCUGCUGCGACGCCGAGCCGGCCAAGCACGACUGGCCGUCCCCCAACAGCACACUCAAUGCGGCAUUAUUCUGGGAGUCCGACGACGAGGAAGAGGAGGCCUCUGAGCGAGCGGUCCAAAAGAUCAGCUCAUUGGCGAGCUCCUCGUCGGGCUUGCCGGACUGGGAUUCUGAGGAAGGCUGGAUCGAAGUAACCAGCGAGUGCUCCCUGGUCUCGGAGGCACCGGCAGCCACGGUGACGAGCGGUGCAGGUUUUGCCCUUAGGACUGAAGCAUUGGAUGCUGCCGUGAUUGAUCUACAUGUCGUCAUCACAGAAGGCGCCAUUGGAUUUCCAACGUGCAGUGUAGGAGUUAGAGAUGAUUCCAUCAAGUGCCAGAGACAUUCGAGCGUCAGGGCAGGAGGCAAUGUAGGAAAUGUUGAUGACUCUGUUAGGUGCCAGGAACAUCCUAGGGUGAGCGUAGGAGGCAAUGUAGGAAUUGCUGGUGGCCUUGCUAAGUGUCAGAAACAUCCUAGGGUGAGCGUAGGCAGCAAUGUAGUAGUUGCUGAUGAUGUUGUUAAGUGCCAGGGACAUUUUAGCGUUAGUGCAGGCAGCAAUGUAGAGUAUUUGCGCCCGAUUUCCAGCAGCCACCGUGGCGAAACUGUGGAAGUCGAUUGUCCUUGCAAUCGAGAAGUGGACCAUAAAUUUAAUUUCGUGCCAAUUUGGCCGUUUUGUUGA